UAUUUCAUAAAACACUGCGAAAAUGUUAAAAAAUUAAUAUUAUGCAAAUUCAUCCAAGCAUACAAGUAUCAGUGAAAAGUUUUAGUUCGUUUAUUUUUCCAAUUAAAUUGAUUAUUCCGCCAUUGCGUAAUUUACCACAUGGGCCAAAUUGUGCAAUAUCAGUCGUAAGCUAUUUGGUAAAGGAAAUAAGGCUGAAUGUUGUGGGGCCCCUUGUUAAGAAGUUGAAUGUUUAGUCGCGGUGUAAGAUUGUAUAAAUUGGGCAGUUUCUCUGUGGGACACAACCGUUCACCUCCCUCCCUCAUCAUGCCAGCAUUAGACAGAAACUGCGCAAACUGCGGUGUAUCCCCUAAACGUCGUCUGUCUACGAUUCAAAGAGGUCCUGUUAUGAUAGGGGUGGCAGGAGGAACUGCCUCUGGGAAAUCUACUGUCUGCAAAUCUGUUGUUUCACUGUCCCAGGACUCUUUCUACCGAGAACUUAAUGCCGAGGAAAGCAUCCUGGCGUCCAAAGGGAAGUUUAACUUCGACCAUCCCGACGCAUUUGACAACGAGCUGAUGGAGCAGUGCCUGAAGGACAUCAUUGGUGGACGACCAACAAAGGUUCCUGUUUAUGAUUUCAAGACAAACUCUCGAGUUCCCGGGGAGUACACAAUCAUCUACCCUAGUGAUGUUGUCCUUGUAGAGGGUAUCCUUAUAUUCUACUACACCAAGAUGAGAGAUCUUUUCAACCUCAAGCUUUUCGUGGAUACAGACCCAGAUACAAGGCUAGCCAGGAGACUUUUACGAGACAUGGAGGAGAGGGGACGAGAGUUUGAUCAUGUACUCUCACAGUACAUUACUCUAGUUAAGCCCGCUUUUGAAGAAUUCUGUAUUCCUACGAAGAAGUUUGCUGAUGUAAUUGUUCCACGUGGAGCUGAGAAUACUGUAGCAAUAGAUCUGAUUGUACAACAUGUACAGGAUAUAAUCUCCCGAGGGACCGGAAGUCAAGAGAGUAAGACGAGUUCUCCGUUACUCCGAUCAAGAUCUAACUCUGACAGCAGGAUUAGAUAAGAAGAACGCUGUUCAUUAUUUACCCUAUUAACAAUCUUGUUCAGUUGAAUUUGCGCGAUCUAUAUCAGCUGAUCCUGGACCGCAAUAGUGUUCAGCUGUACUUGCUCCACCAUUUUUUUCAGUCUAAAUCUAAUGCGCCAUUUUGUUUCGCCUAAAUCAGAUCAUCCAUUUUGUUUAGCUGAACCUGAUCAACCAUUUUGUUCAGUUUAAAUCAGAUCCGCCAUUUGGUUUAACCUAAAUCUGAAACGCCAUUUUUUCAGCCUAAAUCCGAUCCGCCAUUUUGUUCAGCGGAUUCUGAUCCGCUAAAUUGUUAAGCUGAACCUGAUCCACCAUUUUGUUCAGCUGAACCUGAACCGCCAUUUAGUUCAGUCUAAAUCUGAUCCGCCAUUUUGUUUAUUUAUCAUACACACCAUCUGAUAAAAUGAAAUUUCCUAGCAACCUUGCUUAAAGUUGAAUUAUAUCUGUUAGAACUGUAUAUUUUAACAUCAUCAGACUGAAACCAUGUCAUCAAUUCAAACAUGUAGAAUAUACUGAGCUUAAAAUUAUUAAAAAAAAUAAACGUUCCGCAGCUUUUAGCUUAAUUUAA